GUACAUAGUGAUAUAAAUAUACGUAAAAACAAUGGCAACAAUAAUGGGAUUAAUUAAUUGUCACGAUCAUUCAUCAAAAGAAUUCGACGAACUUUUACAAGAUUUAAUAUGUUCUAACGGUGAUAUACCAUUUCAUAUAGAACAGAUUAAUGGAACAGAAAAUGCUAUUGUAUCAGUUAUCAAUAAUUACUUAAAUCAAGCACGUACCAGAUACAAUGGUUUAGUAAUUUUGGACAAGAUUUUAUCUCAUUGUUCAAAAGAUAUUGUUUCAAAAUAUUGUAUUCUAUGGAUAUCAAAAGCUACACAAGUAUUAGAAAGCAUUCACAGCGUCCCACAAGAACUGAAUAUUUCUUGUAAAGUGCUUGGACAAUUAAUUAUACGGACAAAAGGGAUCUCUGAAAUUCAAAAACAAAUAUCAACGCAAAAUGUAAAACAACUUAUAUCUGUAGUUGGAAAUUUAAAUACAGAAAAAAAAUGUGGUUCAGUAUAUUAUUUAAUUGCUGUAUUGUUACAUCAAUAUCCAGAAGUUUGUGAGCGUUUCCAGGCAAUCAUAAAGAAACUAGUGCUACUACAAGUUGAUUCUACCCAAAAAAAUUUAGUUGAUGCGAGUGCAAGGUGUUAUGCUCUUUUAGCUAAAGCAACAGAACGCACAUUUAAACCACCACUUUCUAAUCCCACUUACACUGGCUGGUUAUAUCAUGAAGCAGUUAUUUGUAAUAAUUUGCAUAUUAUAAUGAAUGUAUUGUUUUCUGAUUUGGUAGAAUUAGAAAAUGUAAGCAUUUUGGAUAAACUAGAAUUACCACAUAUAUCUGCAGAGAGUAUUUUUGAAUCUUAUUUUAAAAGAAAACGAAGGUUUUUAAAUCUCUGUUCUUAUUUGGCUUAUAUGCUACGUGAAUUUGAUAAAAAAAAUUCAGUAUUGACCCAGGAGAUUUUGAAAGUUAUAUGUAGAGGAUUAGCAGUACAACCUUCAAAUGUAAAAAAUCUUGAAUCCUUCAAGAAUCAAUUCUUAUACGUUAUCAUACCACAGUUGCAUGUCGCUUUAUUUAAUGUUUUAGAUGCAUUAAUAUAUGGAUUUAAGGAGCAGUUAAUACCAUUUGGAUCAACAAUAUUACAACUGUUUCUUCAAACAUUACAAUGGACAGAAGAAGUUACAGAAAGUCAGAUAACUUUUAGUGGCAAUAAACCAUUCAGAAAUGUAAGAAUAUCUGUUUAUAAAUGUCUUACAUCUUGGUUAGCGAAUACUCAUUCACUAUCAGGAGUAGAAACAAUUGCAGAUGAAUAUCUGCCUUCUAUAUUAAAAGACAUUGUGCCAGAAAAAGAUCGCGUUUUAUUAACCAUUCAGAAAACGACUAAUUUGUCAAAAAGACAAUUAAAACGUCUUCGAAAUAAUCAGUAUGAAGAAGGAGUAUAUUUGACUAAUGGAUUAACUUCUAGCAAAGAAUAUUACCUAGAUGUAGAUGUAUGUAAAGGAUCUCUCAUGGCAGUGGAAAAUAUAUUUUCCAAUGGUGGAACUCUUUUAAAGCAAACAUUUGUUAAGACGAUACAAAAUAUUAUAAUACCUCUAUUAUAUGAUUGUUAUCUGAGUUCUACAGAACACAAAUUUUAUAAAGAGAAUUCUGAUUGCCGUUUACAUUUACUGAGGCUUUUGAGAACAUUGCAAAUGAAUCCACAUUGCUCAGUGCCGUUGCCUACACAGUAUUCUUUAGAAAUAUUUGAAAUGGCUUUAUGCGACAACAACUUAUGCAUUAUGCAAGAGGCAAAAGUAGCAUUGGCAGAACUAGAAAAAAUUGUACAUCCUCAUGCGCCAUCUAUACAGUUAACUCAAGUAGAAACAAUACAGAAAGAAUUUGUUGCCGAUAACCAAAGUACAGAACACACUGAGACAGUAGACGAUGUAUGUUCACUUGAUGCUGAAAAUAUAAUAGUUGAAGAUACAAUGUCUUCGUCGAAUACAAAAAAUAAAGCAAUUAAUUUUCACCCCGAGGAGAAUAUCAUAGAUGAAGAUACAGCGCCAUCUUCAAGUAAAAGAAUGAAAGUAACAGAUGAUCUUGAUAAAUCUGUUGAACCUACUGCAAAUAUUAGUGAUUUGAUUACUAAAGAGAAUAUUGCAGUUGAAUUACAGGUAGAACAAACAUAUCAAAAUUUACUACGUGUAUCAAGUAAUCCUUCAGAAAAAGAAAUACUAUUAAGGGCACGAGAAAAUAGUAUGGAAACUGUAGGACCCAAACAAAUAACUGACAAAUCAUUAAACGAGGCCGAAGUGGUACUUGUUGCAAAACAUUCAUCAGAAAGUGUAGACAUAGAAACGCAAUCAACAUUAUUAGUAAAUCCUGCUAAAGAAAAUGAAGAAAUAAUAGAUACUUCAAAAGACGUUUACCAAAAUCUGCGAAACGAUUCAAACACGACAGAAGCAGAUCCAAAGUAUUCGUCAGCAGAAAAUGAAAACGAAGAAGAGGAAAUAUUACAAUUGUUUCAGGAUGUACCAAAAGAUAACGAUUAAUUAUAUUCAUUUUGUAUAUUUUAUAUGCAAAAUAAACAUGUUUUUUUGUUA